GGAAAGGCGAGGGUCACGUGAGUUCCGGCCGCCGCUCGGGAGCGGUCGGGUCGGUCCCGUUCCGUCCCGUCCCUGCGGUGUCUCUCCGUGUUCCCGGGAGGUCAUCCCGCGCAAACAGCAAUGGAUUUCCUCUUUAGAGGGCUGGGACAGGACGCCGAAGUCCCCCCCGCGGGCCGCGGCGUCCUGGAUCCUUUCCAGAGCCUGCUGUUCUCCGUUUCCUCGGAGCUGUCGGCCGCGGAGGUGAAGGAGCUGAAGUUCCUCUGCGGCGACAAAGUUCCGAAGGGCAAGAGUGAGACGGUGCGAAUCGGCCUGGAUCUCUUCAGCAUCCUGAGGGAGCGGGGGCACAUCGCGCCCGACAAUCUGGAGUUCCUGAAACAGCUGCUGAGGAAAAUCAACAGGGUCGACCUACUGGCACUGGUGGAGCAGUUCGAACAGGGGGAACUUCAGGCCCCUGAGGAUCAGCCAGAUGAGCAUGAAAAACGUCUCCUGAGGGUAGCUUUUGGUGUCAUUCAUGAGAAUGUUGGGAGGGACUGGAAGAAGCUGAUGCGAGAACUCAGGCUGCCAGACGUGAAGCUGGACAAGGUGGAGGCGGCCUAUCGAUACGACCUGCAGGAAAUGGUUUUUCAGGCGCUUCGGGAGUGGCAGAAGUGGAAGGGGAAGGAUGCAAAGGUGGCUGACUUAAUAAGAGCCCUCCAGGGCUGCAACCUGAGAUUGGUGGCAGACCUGGUUGAAGAGAGGCUCUCAGAGGUGAGCAGUGGAACCCAAUGAAAACAGUGUAAAACUAUGAAUGAAAAAAGUCAGAGUGCCUUCUUCUCUUCUGCACCAAAUUAAUUAUCACUGGCUGCCACUUAUUUAUGUGCCUUAAUAAGUUAAUUUGUGCUCAGGUGAAACAGACAUGGAAACAGAUUCCUUUCAUAGAGCACUUUGUAGUUGGAUGCUUAUUUCAAGAUAUUUUAACUUUCACAAGAUCUGAAAUCCCAUUAUAUAGAAAUUCUCAGGCUUUUGUUCUGCCACUCACCUGAAAAGAUUUGCCUUGCUGCAGACACUUUUCAGAUGCAUCUCCACUGGAAAUACAUCCAUGGGACACUUCUGAAACAACUGGAAUUUAAAAUUUCAUGGAGAUGUUGGAUUUUUUUUUUUAUAAUGGCCUAUUAUAAAUACAGUGUGAAAGGGAGAAAGAGUAAAGCUUUCAGCUGGGUGCUGGCUUUUCUUUUGGAGUAGCAAAAAAUAAUAUCUUAGGAAAUUUGUCAGAUAUAUUUGCUCUCCAUGAAAGUAUAUUAAGACAACUGCAACCUCAGAGUGCAGUGCAAGAGGGACACCAAAUAUUGUGGUGGCUUUCUUGAGAAAAACGUGCCUGGAUUUGAAAUGGAAGUCAAAUGUCUGCACCAAGUGCCUUCAGCAUCCUGAAGUUCUCCUGAAACUGUCCAAGAGAAGAAGAUGUUCACAGCAGCCUCUUUGCAAAGCUGGGGAUGCUUUGGGGCUCCUUGCUGGGCUUCCUUCCGUGGCCUCUGUCACAGAGGCUGCUCCUGUGUGCUGGAAGGUGUGAGCCACUCUCAGGGGAACAGGAUGCACCAGCCUCUGUCAGAUGCAGCUCUCAGCUUUCAUCUGGAACAACCUUCAGCCAGUGGCCUUCACACCUGACCUACAGCUGGAGAAACUGCACAAUUGCACAGUGGAGGACGUGCAGGGCUGUGGAGACUUCAGAGGGGAGAAUCCCAUGCUACCAUUACUGCUUGAACAGCUGUAGGAUCCUGUAUUUCUGCAAACACCUCCCAAGUGCCUGGCCAGAUACUGGAAGAAGUUUUAUUGUUGCUGCACCUGUGGGAUUUCAGCUCUUUCCAAGCUGUUUUUAUGUGGUGCCAUUGCUGUGAAGGCUGGGUGUCAGCACAUGACCUGUCACUGCUCUGAAGAAAUGUUGUAACACUGAUAAUUUUCAAGUUUUCAUUGCACAUGGUGCUGCAGAAAUGUUGUAACACUGAUAAUUUUCAAGUUUUCAUUGCACAUGGUGCCUUUUGCUCAAAUCGUUAGGCUUGAAUGCUUUAUUGUAGUUAGUGGAAACUGUAAGGCAUUGUAAGUUCACAUGACAGAAAAAUCAUUUCAGUCAGGGGUUUUUCCCCUUCCAUGAUUCUUUUCCACAUUCCUGGAGGUGCCCAAGGCCAGGCUGGAUGGGAUUUGGAGCAACCUGUUCUGGUGGAAAGAGUCAUUGGUUGGAACUGGAUGAUCUUUUAGGUCCCCCCCUGCCCAAACCAUUGUGUGCUGAUUCUCAGUAUCUUUCCAAUUUGGUAUAUUUAGUAUCACUGGUUGUAUCCAAGCAAAGGAAUUGCCACCUGUCUGCCUUUUGGGUGAGUUCUUAUUCCCUUUACUUGUAUAAUUGCCAAUUCCUGGCUCCCCAGGAGGAGGUGCUGAGGUGCAGCUGGGUGAUAAGCUCAGGUGUUCUGGAGAUUUUUGUUUCACAGACAUCAGGUGUAUCCAUUCUGCAGUAUAUAAAGAAAAGGAUUGCUCCAGCAGCGUUUCCUUUCUGCCUCUGAGCAAUCCCUGGGAGCAGAGGAGUGCAAGUGAGCAGGAUGUUAGGUGAGUGCUCAAACAGCUCCAAGUCUGCUGAAGUGCUUUUCUUAUCCACUUUUAAUGAGUUUUCUGCUUCACCGAGGAGAUUUAUGUGAAAUAGGAAGAGUAUACUGCCUACUGCAUACAGCCAGGAUAUUUUAGGAAUCAGUUGGAAUAACCUGUUUGUUGUAGCCAGGCACUCAUCAGCCUAGCCCUCACAAGAAAUAUUCUGCUUCAGGAGGUAAAAACCUUGUUUCUCUAAGGGUUUUGUACAUCCUUUUACUGUGUCUGAAGGAAAUGACCUAGACUGCACCCAUCUGUGCCAUAUUUCAGGGCCAAUUAAAAUCGUUUUUAUGAGAUAUUCAAAUGUUGAUUAUGUCCUUUUUUAUUGGGGGUAGGGAUAAAGGGUGCAAUUUGCAAGGGAGUGUUGUCUGAUCCAGUUGACAAUCUUAUUUUCAAAUUGAACACCUUGAACUCAUACGCAUAUUUUUUAUAACUUGAAUUAAGAUUUUAUAUUGUAUAAUUCUGUGUACAUUUCAUUAAAAAUAAUUCUUUAAAAAACCAAAAUAAAAGGAACGGGUUUUUUUUCUUGUUUGAUGGGAUUGUUGUCUGCAGUAAGAUCUCUGACUGGGAGAAAGUGGAUGUUAAGGACACUCUGAAAGCAAGGAGUGGUGCUAAACAGGCAUUGUGUUACCUGUGCCCUUAUUGGGACAUUAAAGACAAAAAGCAAAGUGUUUUGUCAUCGAGCUUCUCAGAAGUGCUACUCAGGCUGCAGUUUGCCAGCAGCAAUGCUGUCACUCGGGGAGGUGUAAGGAAAAAAGGAUUCCCUGGCAGCCCAGGGAGCCCAGACUCGAGUGCCAGUGUGCCUGGGCAGAGGCUGCCCCUGGGCAGGCUUCCUUCUCUUCUCCUCUGCUUGCCGUGCUCUGCUAAAGAUCUUAUAUUUGGUUUAUAAUUAAUUAAAAGCCUGGCUUCUGGUUUAGUCUAAGGUUGGCCAGGCUUUUAGAGGACGUGCUCAGAAGGAGCUGACAGAGGCUCGGGUGCUCUGUGGAGUGUCAGCCUGCACUUAAAGCUGCGAGUGAGUAAGACAAAUAACUUAAUUGCCCAUUUUAUCAAAUCCUUUAGGAUGCUCUGCAAGACUAUCUGCCUGUGAGGAAUUACUCAAACCUUUUUCCUCUUGGUCUCCUGAGAGUAAUCUUUCCUCACAGCCUUGAGAAAACAGCACAUCAAAACAUGUGGAGAGUUAAAAGUGCCAUCUCAUGAGAAUUCUCAUCUCGGAGAAUUGUUUUUCCAUGUCACUCCUCAGUCCCUUUCAGCACUUGCUUGUGAUUUUUGAAGAUAUCAAUUAUAAGAUAUCACACAUUGAGGUGGUUUCCUUUUUAAAAUUGCAUUAUUUUCAUUACUGAGUUAAAAGACGUUUUCUAUGCUAUUAAUUAAAAAUCCUCUUACACAAAUUGGUUGUUGUGAGCAUUUCAAAUACAAUGCUUUGGUUUCCUUUUCUCCAUUCUCCACACUCGGGCAGCUGCAUUUCCUCCAGCCUUUGUUUCAUUCCUAAAAUAAUUGUCUCCAUUCUGAAAUCUAAUAGCUUCAUUUAAUUGUUUAAUGCAGAAAGCUUAAUAACAGACUGUGUCUCCAAGCUCUCUCUCUGGUGCUCAGCAUGUUCUUAAUUCAGGCUUUUUGUCUGAGUAUUUUUCAAUUCAAAUUUAUUUCUAAUCAUGCCUUAUGCCCUUCUUCUUCUGCAUGAAUCACCUGUAUCCUUAAAAUGUGUUCUAGCACAAAUAUUUUUCUAAGUCGUCCUUCCUCUUUGAUUUAUUGCUUUUCUCUGCCAGGGUUUUGGUUAAAAACACUUGAAAGAAAUUAGCUCACUGCUUCAACCAUAGAAAUGGGAAUCGUGGGGGUGAGCUGAGGGUAGGGGAAGGAGUUGGGAGGAGAGGUUCAGGAACUUUUGGAGAAUCUGUGUUUCAAUAAAAACUGUCACAGCUGGGGAUUGCUUCACAGGAGCAGGGUGUGUUGCAAUUGUAGGUUCAGGGGAGAAGGAAGCAGGGCUUUACUCAGCUGCUGGGAAAGGCAGAGUCAUGCAGCUCUCUCGUGGGAAUCUGCUCCUAAUCAUUAAAAAGUCCCAUCCACAGACCCGUUCCUGCUCCUGCCUCAUUCCUGAGAGCAUUACACAUUCUCUUAAAGCAGGCUGAAGUGAAAACAACAGGCUUGUUCUUGUGCAGCGUGAUGUAAUAGACACCAUGGAAAUCCCUGAAGCUGGCCAUCCUGGUUGGGUUUGGAUUCAGUGAUUUCUCUGACUUGAUGGGUUUUGGGAGCUGAAAGCCUUUUCUAGGGGCUCUGUGUGCUUGUUCCUGCUGGAUGGUGGCUGAGCUCUCCUUUCCCUGGGUUUCUGGUGCUGUGUUGGUGCAGGUCACAGAGCAGCUCUCCCAGUAACCAGCUCCUGCAGGGAAGUGCAGGACUUUGUGUGUGUUCUCUACUGAUAAAAAAUAACAACUCUAAGCGAGCUCUUGAAGCAUCUCCAGUACAAUGUAAUAAGUGCCACGGAAAGCAGCUUAAUGUCAACUUUCUAUCUCUGCUGAGUGCUUCAAAAAGCUGUCAGACUGGUAUUUUUUAUUUACUAUAUAAUGUUCAAGCCUUGAGAGCAGGCGCUGGUGCUGUGUGA